CCAGUAGGUACUUUCAAAAUAUAUUAUUUUCUUGUCCUCCACAAUAUAACACUGCAUAACAGUAAAACUACAUUAAAUAACCAUACAAUAAUCUUCACACGUGCUUCAAUAUCUCUGAACGUGUAGAAAAAGUUCAUAGAAAAAACAUACGAGCGUAAGUAAUCCGAGUCACCUGCUACAUAACCUAAAAACAGGGACACAUCGCUCUAUUUACAAAAUAACGGCGAAACAACCCCCAAGCAAUCACUUACGUUUAAGCUCGGUUCGCAAUGGCAAAGCAUCAUCCCGAUUUGAUUUUCUGUAGAAAACAGCCCGGCGUCGCGAUCGGAAGACUGUGCGAGAAAUGCGACGGGAAAUGUGUGAUCUGCGAUUCGUAUGUCCGUCCCUGCACCCUAGUCAGGAUAUGCGACGAAUGCAACUAUGGUUCCUACCAAGGUAGAUGUGUUAUUUGUGGUGGUCCAGGUGUAUCGGACGCUUAUUACUGCAAGGAGUGCACCAUACAGGAAAAAGACAGGGAUGGUUGUCCUAAAAUUGUGAAUUUGGGCAGUUCCAAGACUGACUUGUUCUAUGAAAGGAAGAAAUAUGGGUUCAAGAGACGAUAGUAGAUGUUACUCGAUUAGUUAAAAUUAUACAGGUGCAUUAUUUAUUAAUUGAUGUGUGUUUUUAUAAUUUAUAUAACAGUAUAAGUUGUAUUAAUAAAGAUUUCGAAUUAUA